AUGCCGAGCUGCCUGGCGCCCCGCUAUCGGCUCCUGGACCUGGUGUUUGCGGUGUUGGGGACGGUGGCCUUCCUGUGGGACCUGGGCAUCGAUAUUUGGAGCGCAGUGAAGUAUUAUAAGGGCGGGGACCCCGUGUUUGCUGGUCUGCACUUCGGCCUGUACGUCGUGUCCUCUCUUGUGCUGCAGCUCCUCAGCUGGGGAUGGUUCAGGGCUGACUGGAAGGACUGGGCGGGCAUCCGGCGGCAGCCUUUCUGUCUCUCUAUACUGCACAUACUCCAGUUAGGGUACCCCUUUAGGUGCCUACAUUCAUUGGAAGUGGGGAUAGCUGCAUACCGAAGCAGUGAAAGCAGUCCAGAGUUUAGCCCAUACCAGGAAUAUGCCUAUUUUCUAACUCAUGACAUUAGCAUGAUGAGACUUGUAGAGACCUUCCUGGAGAACACUCCUCAACUCAUCCUUGUCUUAUAUGUUAUAAUACAGCAAGAAACCAUACACCUCUUUCAAUAUUUCAGCAUAGCUAUUUCAUUCAUCUGCAUUAGCUGGGCAAUAUUGGACUACCACCAGUCACUAAGACUGUUUCUGAAAGACAAAGAAAAGCUGAACCUUUUCUCUUCAGUCAUUUACUUCCUGUGGAAUUUAUUCUUAAUUUCAUCACGUAUCAUAUGUAUCACACUUUUUGUGGUCACCUUUCAUUGGAUGAUUGCUGUGCAUUUUGUUGCUGUGUGUUUUGUAUUUUUUCUAUGGGCAUGCCUGCAGAAGACCGAAUUUAUGAAAAAUAAAUUCCUGGAGCCUUUCUACAGAGCAACAGUAGCUGUGAUCCUUUACUUCUCGUGGUUUAACAUAGCUGAUGGGAAAACAGUCUACAGAUGUCUUUUCUACCAUAUAUUUAUUACCCUAGAUUCUAUGAUACUUCUGCUCUCAUGGACGUUUCUGAGGUUUCCAUCCAUCAUGGAUAAGUAUGAAAUAUUAAUAAUUGUGACAGCUGCUCUACUUACUGGUCUAGGUCUCAUGACAAGGUUGUUUUAUUACAAGUGUGUGCACCCCAAUGUGACUAGAGAAACUAAAGAGUACUAUGAUGAACUUGAUGGUAUAAUAGGAGAAGGAACAUACAGAAUGUUUGAACCAACAUAA